GAAAUGGAACCUGAAUGGCCGACCAGAUGCUCCUCUGGAUUCACCUAAACACAGACGUGCAUCUGCAUCUACAAGUAUCGAAGGUCAUCAGCAAUCAAUUGCAGAGCCUUCAAUCUAUUGAAGGCGAUGUUUUUGCCAAUGGCAUUUGGUUAACUUCGAGCUUCCCCACAACAUCGCGACCUCCACAACCCGGCCAAUAGAUCACGACCUGGGGUUCUUUGAUUUGAACCGGUCCAAUUCGUGCACCUGCCCCUGAGUUUGCUCUCCCAUCCCGCAUGCGGUGAGGCGGUUGCUAAUUAUUACUCCAGUCUCGAUAGAUUCCGGCGCAAAUUGCGGAUUCAACUUUCAACCCACUUGUCGUGUCGCGCGCGAUCCAAGAUGGACUCUGACGCGCCCCCCAAAUCCCCAACUGCCAAUGCCAGUGGCAGCGGAACUCAAGAGACGCCUCUCUCAGAUUCGCCUCCCAAAUAUGUACCUCAAUUUUCCGCUACGACAGAGAUGAUUCUCAAGCGCAUCCAAAGUGGUGCUUCUGCUACCAUGAGCACCCCCUCCUCAUAUGGCAUUACAGGCACACCUCCAGGCUAUGAGGAUAUGAGGCGCAAUGUUCUAAUGGGCAUGAAGACCACAUUGAACAUGGAGGUUCCAGAUACACCCACACGCCCUAUACAGUAUAAAUCGAGGUCCGCCAAAGGCUCUGCGGGAGCCUCCUCCACUCCCAAGAGCAGGAGCAGUGCCGAUGGAGGCUCUGGCAUAAAAGACAGAAGAAAGCCCGGCCCAAAGUCCAAGGGUGCGAGAGUAGGCACAAAAAGGAAGAGAGCCAAGUCCGAGAGUAUGAGCGACGAAGAAGAAUCAGACACCAUGUCAAAACUGGGGGGUGAUUCCGAUUCAGAUGACGUGGGGAGUGUCACUGAAUUUCCUAAAGUGACGCAGUCUGGAAGACAAAUCGUAAAGCCGGCACCUUUUGUACCAGCUGCAAGAGAGUCGACAAAGCGCCGAGCACCUGCAAAACGAACUCAGGAACAAGCACUUUGCAAAACAUGUUCGCGAGGACAUAGCCCUCAAAACAACAUGAUUGUUUUCUGCGAUGGAUGCAACUUGGGAUGGCACCAGAUGUGUCAUGAUCCUAUUGUUUCCGAAGAAAUGGUAAAGGACGAGACCGCCCCUUGGUUUUGUUCGGACUGCAGUCGCAAAAGAGGCAUCAAAACUGCUGGUGCUGACUCAAAGCACACCAGCUGGCAAGGUCGCAGUUCAGAAGAGGUAAUUCUUUCCAAUCCCUCAACACAACACCUACUUACGGAUAUUAGAAACGCUCGUACUUCAACUCCCUCCCACAUCAACAGCUCGUAUCCCUUCUCAUGCAAGCUACAGUCUUACACCCGAAUAUUCCGAUCUUUCCUCCAGUAUCUAACCCCCCUCCCACCCACACGCAACGAGCUCAGUCUUCGGACCGCCGUGCAAAUAUCCACCCACAGCAACCCUUCCCGCCUUCUGGCGCCACGGGUCUUUUUCCCAGAGCUGAAUCGCACCCCCAUGCCCCAAUGAACUUCAUUCGCAAAAUCCCCUCAGGUCAAACGCCACCGGCCUCAUUUUCACCCUCUCAAGGCUCAUUUAACCAUGCCUCCUUAGCACCGUCGAAUGUAAACCCUCAAGGCGAUGAAAGUAGGGAAAGUACACCAGCUAGUCCCCCUUACCCCAAAGCAGGAAACGGACUGAUGGCAAAAUUGGGUCCAGAUGAGGACGAUACUGAAUGGCUACUUGAUAACAACGAUUUCGCGGCUUUUAGUCAUACGAUCUUUGACGAGAACGGGAUGAGGAUGGAGGAAAAUGGAUUACCGGUUUAAGGGUACAAAAACUUCGCCUUUUCAAAAGUACCAUGUGCAUCGCGAAAGUUUCACAGGUUUGCGUGGUCUUUGAACAUAACAUUGAUAGAUAUCUAAUGCAAUGCAAUUUCCAACUCAUCCAAGUGUUG